AUGCCAAGUAGGCUGAGGACUAGUAGCACAUCCAAAAAGGAAAAACAGAGUCUAGUAUUAUCUACAUCAUUUACGUCUACUAGAAAAGUAGAUGACAUCCAUUCGUCGCCGUCAAGUCCCCUGCAAUCAAGACGAUCAGCAAACAACGUUACUAGAAUGCUGGCAAAUGUUAAAUCAGAAAUAAACCGUCUCACUGAAGAACUUAAAAAGGCAAAGAAAAGAAAAGAUGAUACUGAAAAAUUACGAGAUACAACAGGUAGUAAUAUAUAUAGUGGGACAUAUUCUACUGAGCAUUUACAAAAACAUUCUAUACGUAUUAGAACAAAUACUCAAAUCCGAGAAUUGGACAAAACAAUAAAGAAACUGGAAAAUGAGAUCCAAACUCUAACAGAAAAAUACGAAUCUGCAAGACGAUUACAAGCUAUUGAAAAAAUAUCCAACUCUAGUGAAUCAAUUACAGUAGGCGACCUUCACGUGUUAGAUAGUAGUAAUUUCCAAGUCAACCACGAACACCAACCAGCAUUAGCCAAUAGCAUAGUCCACAAUUCCGUAGGAAUAUCUACCAGCACUGAUUCAACAAUAUCUACAUUUGAAACUGAAAGUAGAUCAAGGUCCCAGACACCAGUUAAUGGUACGGUUGAAAAUGGAACAUGGAAGAUCAGUGAAUGCAUGCAAAGUCUGAAUGACCCUUCAAUUUCAUCAGACUACGUUCUCCAACAAUCAAAUAAAUUAGUGGAUUUAUUAAAAGAGUUUCCCGAACUUCGAGAAGAUUUAGUUUUGACGUCCUUUUUAAAUUCGAUCCAAGACCUUUUACUGCGUGACGAUAAAGUAAUAUCAUCGGCUGCAUAUAGAAUAUGUCGCUAUCUGGUAGAUGGCCAAAAUUUCAUCCAUAUUCUUUUCAAGAGACAUAUAGAUAUAUUUCUCAUAAUGUCUCUAGCCAAAGACAACAACAAUAUCAUAGAGAGAGAACAAGCAGUUAAACUAAUACGUCUGCUGGCCGAAUAUAAAACAGGGAUUACCAAAGGUAUAGUGCAAGCUGUGAUCAGCUGUGUAGAGAAGUUGGAUGAUAACAUAAGAACGGUUGCAAUCGAGACAUUGCUUGAAUUUUGCUUCGAACAUCCUCAGUUAGUAAAUGAAUGUGGAGGAAUGCGAGUAUUAGAGGGACUUUUAAAAGAUUAUUCAUUAUUUUCCAUAGCGUCACUAAUUUUAGAUACAAUUUUAGAGCUUAUGGCUACACACAGUACUAGAAAGUACUUUUUAGACGACUUUAAUAUUUCAGUGCUUGCCACAGUAUUUUCUGAUUUUAAUGGGAAGGGAUCAAUAAAUACAGACAAACUGCAAAAUUCCUCUGCAUUAAUUUCGAGAGCAUUUAAAAACGACAAUGGUUUGAUGUUGUUUUCUGUAGAUAAUUUUAAACCUAUCAAAGAACUUUUGGCAUUUAUUGAGGUACCAAUUUGUGCACAAUACUUACUUGAUAUAUUUAUGGAUGUUUUACACAUCAAAUAUCAUACCAAACAGAAGGGUAGAAAAUAUGCUGGACAUGUAGAACCCUCCAACUUUUUUAAUGAAUCGUCGUCGUUUAACCAAAGAUUAGUUUUAAUAGUGUCGAUAUUAGAUAAAUGUAAUUUCAUCGAGUUGUUAUCACGAUUGAUUGACACACCCACAGAAGGGAAAUUAAAGGAAAAAUUAGUGAAUAAAGCCAGAUAUUUACUAGCGGAAUAUACAAACAUGAAAAAUAAUCUGAUAAGGGAUGGCAAUUACUCUGCAUACAAAAGUUGUGCCAAAAAUGAUUCAACCGUAUUUCAAAAAUCGUACAAAUUCCAGAAGAUCAUCCAGGAUAUGAAUAGAGGUAGGAAUACCCUGGGAGUGAAGCAUAUAGACUACAACGAAUAUUUGAGAAAAAAUUCAAAAAUGGUCAAAGAUUCCUUACUAAUUGAUGAUGGUGACGAUUUAAUAUUUAGAAAAAUGGUUUAUGAUACGAAAGUUUUACAAACAAAAGAUUUCACCUUAUGGAAUUGGAAUGUCAUCCAAGAACUAUUAGAAGGUCCACUCAUGAAACAAAAACAGCUGGAAGAAUUAGUAAGAUCUACUAAAUUUAUUAGAAGACUUUUGGUUUUUUAUAGACCGCUAAGGUUACGAUUUUCAGACGUUAAUCAAGGAUCUAGACUUGCAGAAAAGUUUAUCCAAGUAGGCUGUUCUUUUUUCAAAAUGUUAACUACUAAUCCUGAGGGUAUGAAAAUACUAGUGGACGAUACCAAAAUUAUCCCACAACUAGCAUCUCUUGUAUUUAAAGCAAUAGAAGAAGGAUCUUCAUCUAAUAUCUUUAAUGAAAAUUCUUUAAAAGUUAAAAUAAUACCCGGAUACUUUAAAUUUAUUGGAGUUCUAACCCAAUCAGAAAAUGGUAUUAGUAUAUUACUGAGAUGGAAUUUUUUUACAGUUAUUUAUAAGAUGUUCCAAUUUGAUUCUCGUAUUGGGUUAAAGCUUUUACUUCUUACUCUUCCAGAACUAGACCUAAAAUACUCUUCUCACUGUAGAAAUAUUCUGGGUAGAGCUUUAGUUGUAUCAAAUGAAAAUGUGCGAAUGAGAGCAACGAAACUUUUAGGUGAACAUUUGAAAGAGAGCUUAUAUAUGCAUACCGAAAAUACUACACUUACAGAAACAGACAUGAACAUCGAACGUUACAUGUUUGAAAUGAUAACAAGACAAUUAUAUGAUUUGAGUCCCAACGUUGUUGCAAUAGCUGAUCAGGCUUUAUAUGAAUACAUUGCUGAAGGUGAUAAAUCUCAAGAAUUGAGUUCAUCUCUUCGAACAAUUUUGAACCAAAUGGUGUUUAUUAGCUCCCCCAUUCUAUUUGAAUUAUUGAGUAGACCUUACGGAUUUCAUCUUUUAAAUGAUAUUAGGUUUAUUGAAAUGCAGCGUAACUCAUGGCUAGAAACGAAGAAUAAAGAAUAUGUCGAUAUUGUAGAACAAUUUUUAAGGAAGACUGUAUAUAUGAUUCGGAGUGAAAACUUGGAUGAUAAGUUUACAACUACCGCAAAUCGUUUACCUCUUCAUUUUUAUGAAAGUUUAUCAAGAACAGAGGAUGGUAUAACAUUAUUAAGUCAAAGUGGUGACCUAGUUAAAUUUAUGAAUGUUAUCAAAAAAUAUGUGACGGAAGGAAUGAAAAAUGAAAAUCCGUCCGAUGUCCUUGAUUUGAAAUCAGCAAUGUGGUGUUGUGGGUUCAUCGGGUCUACCGAAUUAGGUAUUGGCUUACUAGAUAAUUAUUCACUUGUUGACGAUAUUUUACAGAUAUCGUACGGGGCGACUGUCACUAAAGUCAGAUUUACAGCAUUUUAUGCCCUUGGUUUAAUUAGUUCUACAAGAGAAGGUUGUGAAAUCUUAGAUGAAAUGGGAUGGAACUGUACUGUCGAUAUACAGUACUACCCAGUAGGAAUUGCAUUACCAAAUAGAUUGGAUAAAUUUUUAUCGUACAAUGAAAAAAAAUGGAUAAUUCAAAAAGAAUACAAGAAUGAAAUGAUAAGAUUCAAUAAAGUAAGUGGUGAAAUACUUGGUGAUAUUAUUCCUGUAAAGAUUGAUUUAAAUCAUCUACUUUCUGAAAAGAAUAUUAUUGAAAAUACGAAUGAUGAAAAUGAUCAAGUUGGUCAAUUAUCGUUUUCUGAACAAAAUGCUAAACCAUCGGAGACUCUUGUUGCUGAUGUUAACAAAGAAGCAACUUUUUUGAGAAGUCGUGCUAAUACAAUAUCAAGUGUGUUAUCAAAUGGUCUUGAUAGUGGCAUCAUAGAAGAAAUUAUGGAAUCCAUUAGUAAAUUGGGGAACCAUAUCUUAUCCAAUGCCGCAAUCAAGAAUAUUACUGAUAUAAAUAAUAAGUUUGGUCCAGCAUUGUUCGAAAGAGAAAUAAUGGUUACCAAAGUAUUAGACAUGUUAGAUAAAUUUAGAUUUAAGCCUCAAGUAAGAAAAUUUCUUUGUGAGUUAUUCAUCAAUGUUCGUGGAUUAGAGAAUAUAAUCAAACAUGACAGAAAAUUACAAAUCAAACCCGAUGAUAGCCAUCAAGUUAAUGAAGUGGCAAAUGAAAUUUCUGUUCCAUCGUCACCAUUUUCAAAUUAA